AUGAGCUCGAGUGCAGUAUCGCCGCAGAGCCCCCGACAGCUCUGCCACACCAUGAAGAAGCCGCGCCAGUCCAUGUUCUCCAAUUCGCGGUGCAAAAUCGUCGACGGGGCGGGCUUUUCCCUACGCACUGCUCCGACUCUCACAGGACUCUGCCAGCAGACGUUGGCUCCAGAAUGGAAGUACAACCGACUGACAGCGUGUCAUCUCUCCUUCUCCUUUGUGUUGAAUUCUGCCCGGCAGUGCCAAGCGCUUGGAGAGGCGUGA